AUGGCUGCUGCAUCCCGUCUGCCCGCCGUCCUCGACGAGAAGAGGAUGGAGGAAGCCCGCCCUGCCCAUGUCUGGGAGCCCGCGCCCGAGUGUUCCGCGCCCUCGCUCUCCACCCAGUCCUUCCAGCACGUUCUCAUUUUUGCCCUCUUCUGCUCCAACAUCUUCUUCGCCGCCCUGGCCGUCUUCUUCUACUCCAACGCCCAGUGCCCCGUGGUGCCUCUCCGCCUGGACCCCUUCUCCAUCUCAGCCUCAUCACGCGAUGCCCGCGCCCACAUUCGUUACGAGCAGCGCAACUUCACUGGCGCUCUCGAGUACAACACCACCACCGGCGAGCUCUACCGUGCCGCCGCCCUCAACUCCACCAAGCCUGCGUACGUCGGUGACCCACGCACCACCCCUGGCCUCGAUCGCGCCUGGAAGAGCCUCCUCAGUGGCUCCAAGUUCCCCCUCUCCGACGAGGAAGCCACCCCUUACGUCCACGCAUCUUUGGCGACCCAUGCCGCCGAGAAAUCCUCCACUGUCGGUACCCUCUACGGCGAGCUGAGCGUGGUCCACAGCCUGGAGUGCCUCAACGCCAUCCGCCUGGCUCUCGACGAUGACUUUUACCGUGAGCAUGGCCCCCAAGACGGUCUUGGAUGGCAGAAGGCCACGCGGUCCGACCGCGCGCCGUUGGACUACUGCAUUGAUCACUUGCGGCAAGAGCUCCAGUGCUCUGCCGACCUGACCGUCGUGCCUGUGCUCCCUCGCACCAGCGCCACCGGCGCAGAGCUUACCGUACAGCCUCGCACCUGCCGGCGGUGGGACGAUGUGCGCAGCUGGCUCGACCGCCGGCACGAGCGCUCGCGCUUCAGCAACCAGCAGCAGGUUCAGCGGCCGCACACCCGCGGUUGA